CCAAAAUUUAUAAAACGAAAUUUAAUGUUGUCCAAUUUUUAUGAUUUAUUAUUUAAGUAUAAUAAUAUUAACUAUAUUAAUAUUUGCAUAUGUACAUUCAAAACUAAACCAUUUUCACUUUUCUUCAUUAACUUAGUUGACAACAUUUUUCUUUUUCAAAUUAAAUAAUAAAAAUGUUUAGUAAGUAACAAAAGGAAAAAUCUUGAAUUUUUUAUUUUAAUGUAUAACAUAUUUUGUUUUUAGAUUUUAGUAGCCUAUUCCGUUCACUGCCGGCUGUUUCUUCUAUAAUGCCUGUCCGAUAUCGGGCUCGUAAAAGUACUAGAGAGAAAAAGGCCAAAAUCCAUAAGAAAAAUAGGGCCGCUAACUUGGCCAAAGCAAGAAAAUAUAUACCUAUAUUGAAAAAAAAGUAUAUUGUUGACUAUUUACUUAUAUUUUACAAGCUAUUAAUCUUAAUUUUCAAACAUCUUUAUAAAUUACUACCAUUUAUAUUUGAUUGAAACUAUAAUCUAAUAAAAUUCUAAGGUUAGAUAACUUGGUAAUUUCAAAUUGGAAUCUUUUUUUUUUUUAUUUUUACAAGAAAUAUACGAUCUAUACAAUUAAGCACAAUAAGUAUAUGUGAGAUUAGGGAACAAAAACAUUAUGGGGUUACGUGAAUAAGAAGCCACCCAUUAGUAGCCCUUGCUUGUUUAUUAUGUGAUUAAUUAUAGCUUGUUAGGAUUAAGUUAGGUGAUCCCUACACCAUUUCCUUUUCAGCCUGCGACGGGGAUUUCCAGGAAGUGACGGGAUAUGUAGAUCUUUUAUUAGAGGAUUUUCAUGGUUUUCUAAUUUAUUAUAAAAUCACUUAUAGAAAAUAGCAGCUUCUUCUUCCACUGUUUUUAGACCUAGGUCUUUGUGGAGGGUCAUAUUAGAGACGAAGGGUGGGGCAUUUGUGAUUUUACGAAGAGUAAUAUUCUGGAAGGCCUGAAUUUUAUUUAAAUUAGAUUUUUUUGCCGAUCCCCAUAGUUGGAUCCCGUACGUCCAUAUGGGUUUCAGAAGAGACUUUUACAUUUGAAGUUUUGUUUUUAAAGAUGAGAAUUUAUUUUUUGAAAGUAAUACUUUUAGAGAGCGGGAGCGAGCAUUAAGUAUUAAUCUUUUUUUUCUUAUAUGAUUUUACCAAGUUAGUCUUUUAUCGAGGAUUAAUCCUAAGUAUUUAACAGUGACAAGAGCAGGGAUAGGUAAAUUAUUCACAGUUACGUUAGGGCAAAGUCCGUGUCUUAGGGUAAAAGUUGUGNUAUAUGAUUUUACCAAGUUAGUCUUUUAUCAAGGAUUAAUCCUAAGUAUUUAACAGUGACAAGAGCAGGGAUAGGUAAAUUAUUCACAGUUACGUUAGGGCAAAGUCCGAAUCUUAGGGUAAAAGUUGUGUGAAUGGAUUUGUUGUUGUAUAAUUUGAUUUUCCAUUUGGCAUACCAUUCUGAGAGUAGAUUUAAGUGGGAUUGUAAAUUUCUUGAAGCAAUUAGUGGGUCAUUAUGUACUGAUAGUAUGACUUUAUCGUCAGCAUAAUCGGCAACAAUAGUAUUUUGUGUAGAAGGUUGAUCGGCAGCAUAAAUUGGAAUCUUAAUUUAAAAUAAUGUAAAUUUGCUUUAUAUCUCUACCUUAUUUUUUAUGAAAUUUAUAAAAUUAUGUUUGUAAAAAUUUGUCAAAGAUUAGAACUAAAUUGCAAAUAACUAGUAAACUGAAUGUAGUUCUAUUUAAGCUUACUCUGUGAAAUAUUCCUACCAAGAAAUAAUGUUAUUCAUAUUAAUACUGUUGCAAAGUUUCUUAAAAUUAUAACAUAUUUUUAAAAGCAUGUAUAAUCAUUUUUAAAUCAUUAGUAUAUUAGUUAUUAAUAAUUAAUUUUUAUAGGCAAUUGGAUAAGUCAAGUCGUACAAUUGAUACAUUUUUCUGGCGCGUUCCUAAAGAUGAUGUAUAUGUGGGAAAAUUUAACCAAAUACGCAGGUUAGUUUUUAUAUAAAUUACCUAAGAUGAACUAAAGAUUUUUAUCUAAUAUGUAUAAUGUUUACUUAAUUUUUAAUAUUGUAUAAUUUUUAUUUAUCUAAAUUAAAAAAGAAUAAUUUAUAUUAAACAAUUUCUAAUUUUUUAAAUUGUAUAGCUAUAAAUUGUUGGACGCUAUAUUGGCUCAUCGUGAACUACACCAUCCGACAAUGAUGAAUAUACCAGAUGCACCUUUGAAUGUUCAUCUAGAAAUAGAUUUAACUACAGAUAAAAAAAAUAAAUUUGUAGAUAAAUACCAAAAAAUAAUUGAAUUUCCUUAUCCGUAUGACCACGGUGAAGAUAGAACCAUAUUGGCUUUUUGUCAAACUACUGAAAUGAUGGAAGAAGCUAGAAAUGCAGGUGCUAUGUUAGUCGGUGGUAGAGAUAUUAUUAAAAAUAUUGAGGUAGGUGUUUUUAAUAUAAAUUGGAGACCUCUGAACAAUUGGAUAUCUACACGUCACAAUGAUCUAAUCACUUUUUGAACACGAGUUAUGAAAAUUUUUUUUUUUAUCAAUCCGAAAAUUAAUUUUUAACAAAUUUUUACUAUAAACUUCUUCAUUUUUCUCUGUCAAGCGCCAUAUUCUUAAAAUCCCUGUAGGAAGUGACUCCUACAUCCUUUAUUACUUGGCUAAUGUAUUGUGUCCUGGGUCUUCCUCUUGAUCUUAUUCUUUCUAUCAUUCCUUCAAUUAUUAAACUAUGUAGUUCAUCCCCAUGCCUCAACGUGUGUCCUAUCAACUGCCAUCCCCUUCUCCUUAUAGUGUCUAUUAAUGUUUGUUUUUCAUCUAUUGUCCUCAAGAUGUCUUCAUUCGAUCUCUCAAUCUAGCUUGUUCUUUGCAUUUUUCUCUAAUACCACAUCUCCAGAGCUUCCGACAUAUCUUUCUCAUUUGUAUUAAUUGUCUAUGUCUUGCUUCUAUAUAAUGCCACACUUCAGACAUAUGUUCUUAUGCGCCUUUUCUUCGUUUCUAUGUUAAUAAUUUUUUUUUGUUUAAGGAAUGCAUUUUUCGUUUGAGUUUUAAUCUAGACUGCAUUCAUUUUCAUAUUAUACUCUUGGAAUGUGGUAUUCAUUACAUUUAACGCUGCUUGCAAGUCUUUCUCAGAUGUUGCAUGAAGAACUAUAUCAUCACCAAAGCGAAGUAUUAGUAUCCCUCCCAUUUUCACUCCAAUUCCUUUUUAAUCUAAUCAAAGCUUUAUGACGUUUAUUGGUCUUCCAUAAAUAAAUUGAAGAAUGCAGGUAAAAGUGGGUACCCUUGUCUUACAUCUUUUUGAAUUCUGGCAGUUGUUGUUGAAUUAAUAUUAAUAAUGGUUUCUUGAUCUUCAUAAAUCUUAUAGAGAAUAGGUCUGUCUUUAAAAUCUAUCUCUGUUUCUUCUAAAAUUUUAAAGAGACUUGUCCAUUUUAUAGUAUCAAACGCUUUUUCUAGGUCCAUAAAGGCCAUAUAAGUAAUUUUUUGUCUCUCAAUUUGCUUUUCAAGUAUUAUUAUUAUUAUUAUUAUUCUCAGACUUAAAAUAGCCUCUCUGGUUCCUUUGUUUUUCUAGAAACUAUAUUAAUCAAUCGCUAACCUUACUCUUACUUAUCCUUUUGCUUUUAAUUAUUGUUAGUAAUUUAGCUGUAUGUGAUAUCAAGGUUAAGGUCCUAAAAUGUUCGCAUUAGUUGGCUCUAGAUUUUUUUGGUAGGAUAACUAGUCUACUAAAUCCAAAAUCUCUCAGAAUUUUCCCAGUCUCGUUUAUUUGACAUAACAAUUUAUUUAGAGCAGUGGUCUUCAACUUUUUUGGACUCACGAUCCACUUUUUUUUGGCGUCCAUUAUUCACGACUCACAUAAGGCAUACAUAAAAAGAAAUGUUUGUAGAAAAACAAAAAAAAAAAUUUUAAAUUACUUAAUACUUUGUAGUAGUACAGUUAUAACUGAAUAAAUAAAAAUAAAAAAAAACUUUUUAACGGAUAUGUAAAUUUGAUUAGAAUAAUAACGCGACUAACACUUAUCCGUCUUUAAACACAGCGACAGCAUUGAUGAUGUUCGUAGAUUAUGGGACUCUUUAACAAUGAUUAUAUAAUAUAUUUAUUUUAUUACCAGCCCGGUUUACUCGUAAAUUAUUAUAUUUAAUGUCAUACUACGUAAAAUCAUACCAGUAUAUGAAACAUAUGCUGUGAUUUGAAAUCCAUUAUAUUAUUAUAUUUUUGAACAUAAAUUAUAUAAUAUAUUACAAUAAUUUUCAAACUGUAUUUUCAUUUAUUAAUUUUCUAAGUUUAAUAAUUAAACCAUUAUUUGUAUACCCUAUAUAAUUGUAUAAACUUAAUUUUUAAUCUAAAAAGAAAACUUAUUGCAACCCAAUUUUUAAGUUUACGCGACCCAAAAAUUAGUUCGCGAACUACCGGUUGAAGACCACUGAUUUAGAGUGUUCUUUAUUUUCUCUCCUGAUUGUUGUAGAAGUUCCGUAUUAAAUUCGUCGUCGCUUGGUACUUUGUUUUUCUUUAUUGUUUAAAGUACUUCAAAUUCUAAUUUUAUAAUUCCUAUAUCUGUAUUUGUAUCAAAGGCACUGUCAGUUAAGUUUUCAACAAGUAACUCGAUGUUUUCUUCUCCAUAUAGUUCUACAUAUUCUUUCUAUCUAUUCGUUAUUGCUAUCUUAUCUAUAAAUAAAUUCCCCUCUUCAUCCUUUGCGUGUGUGCAUCGUGACUUUCUUUCAUUGAAAUAUCAUUUGAUGAGUUUGUAUGCCCUAUUCUAUUGAUUGUAUUUCAACAUUUUGUUUAUUUCUGCUCAAUUUUUUCAAUCCACAUCUGGCUUUUUUUGUUUCACAGUUUAUUUUUAUUUCUUAACAUCUUAUAUUGUUUUUCACUCUCUUCAUCUGCUUUGUUUUUAAGCAAUCUUCUUUUCUCUAAAUCUUGAACUAAUUCUAUUAUUAUCCAUUCACAUUUUGGUGUUGGUUUCUUCUAGUUAAUAUUUCCUCUGCACACAGGACAAUAGAUUCUUUUACGCAAUGCCUUCCGUGUUCUAUAUUAUUGCAGUCUUCUAUCCUCGGUUUACUUUUGAUUUCAAGUUUUUCUUUGCAUUUCUUUUCAAACAACUUUCUUGUUUUUGCUUGUUUUAGUUGACACAUAUUCCACUUAUACCCUUUAUUUUUUGGUUUUUCUAACUUCUUGAAUUUCAACACAGAUUUAAUCAUCAUCAGAUUGUGGUCACUAUGAAUAUCAGCUCCCGGAUAAGAAGUACUCAAUUUAAUCUAAUUUUUAUACCUAUUCUUUACCAGAAUAUAGUCUUAAUUGGUAUCUGUUAAUAUCACCUGGCAUUUUAUACGUAAAACGUCUUCUUUUAUUAUUCACGAAUAAAGUAUUGCUUAUGACUAAAUGACUAUCAUGGUGUCUGCAGAACUCAACAAAACGAUCUCAUCUUUCAUUCCUUGUCUCAAGUCCAUAUUCACCAAUUUCUCUGCCAUCUGGAUCUUACCCCUCAAUCGCAUUCCAGUCCCCCAUGAUAAUUCGAUUUUCCUUACCAUUUGUGAGGUUAAUAAGUUCUUUUAUCUUUUCGUGGAUCUCUUCUAUUUCCUCAUUGUUCACUUGUGUUAUACCUGUCUCUUUUGUUUCCCGGUAAAGUCAUUUUGACCAUUCUAUUUCAUUUCACUUGUCUCCAAAAUAUCUACUUGGAGACGUUUCAUCUCAAUCUUAGGAUUAUCUAGUUUCCUUAUUUAUAACAGAGUUCUAACAUUCCAUGGUUCUAUCAUACUACAAGGAUUUCGCCUGAUGAUGAUCUGAGUUACCUUGUUUGGCCUCCUGUCAGAAAUAACUGUUCGGAUAAGGUUGUUUCCAUACAUUAUAUUAUUUAUUGUGCUGGUCAUUUAUUAAUUGACAAAGGAAAUUAAUGUUGUGGUUUUCUCUUGCCUUCCACAUCGCAGUUCAGUAGCCGUGUUCACGGUUUCCAUGCACACCUACUUCUAGUACCUGGCUAUAGCUGUACUUGCUUAUGAAGCAUUCACCUACAGCCAGUAUUGAAGGCGCUGGUUCCCACAUUCAGGUCCAUUUUUUGUCGCCUCUUAUGACAAACAUGGACUCCCAUAUUUUGGCCCCCACCCGCAGAGGCAAUGAAAAAUACUAUGCAUCAAUUAGUACAGCAAUCAGACAAAUUCAUACGUUAAAUUUAAAGAUAUUAUUCAAACUAAUAUGUUUGAUUGUUGCUCCUAAUUAAUGGCAAUAUAUUCCCGGGUAAGUCUUAUUGUACCAAAUAAUGAUAACAUAUUUUUAAAAAAUUUACUUUUAAAAAUCUUAAGUUUUUAAGCAAAUAUUUUUAUUGAAAAUUUGAGAUUAUGUAUCACUUCUUGUAUAUAAUAGGGAAAUGGAUUGUUUAAAAAAUUUAAACCAAAACUUAAAAGUGUAUGUAAAACGUAACUACUUAAUUUCGGCUUUGCACAUCAUCAGAUUUCUCAUAAAACAUUGAGGAAUAAUUUACUUACAGAUAUUUAAAAAGAAGCAAAAUAAAAUAUAAAUAUAAACAAAUUAUCUCAUUUAAAUUGCAUAAUAUAAGUGAAGAAGAAAAAAAAAUAGGUACCCUUAUCAAAUAUUAUAUUAUUUUUAUACAUUUUAAGUGAGUCAGAGUAUAUUAUUUCAAAACACAACAACAAAAUAACUUCAAGUUUUAUAUUUUGACUUUAAAAGUUCAAAAAUUAUAUUUUAACAUAGAUCACUAGGGGAAUAAUUAUAUCAAAUUAUUUCUAUAAGAAUAUAUAUUUUUAUAAAUGUUAAAGAUAUAUUUUUGAUUUUUCUAAAGUGAAGUCUGAACAAUUUUAUAGAUUAGAGAUAUCCUGUUAUUAUUCUGAGGUCUUCAAUUACUCUAUUAUAUAUAAUACUUUUUUAAAAUUAAAUAUUAUAGUGCAGCGAUUCUUAAACUGUGGUCCGCGACACUAUAAAUGAUUUUAGCUGUGGACAGCAUGUGUGUGUAAUAAUGAUAUUGUUAGAAAUGUAAAAUUUUAUAUUUUAUAUUUUAUAUUAUUAUACAAGUAUUGAACGCGUCUUAUCGCAACUUUAAAAAAGUUAAUCCUCGAGUAUUCUAAUCUUAAUUACCCAUAUCGGCGUAACAUGGAAUUUUAAAUUAUAUUUAGAAUUACCAUUUAUCUAUUAGUUUAUAUUAAGAACGAAAUUUAAAGCACUCAAACGUCCAGUCGUUUACUCGCCAUCGCCGUAUACUUAUCGAUUGUAUUUAAUUAGUUGUAUACCUACGUAUUUUACGAAUUUUACGUGAUAUAUUUUUAAAAUUCAAAUUUUUUUAAGAAAAAAUGGAUAGCUGGUUAAAUGUAAAGAGGAAUAAUUCUACGGUUGAUAAUAAGAAGACACCAUGUACGAAAAAAAUUAAAUUAACAAAAUUUCGUNAUAUUUUUAUUUACCUUUCUUUUAAAUAUAUUGGUAAUUGUAACAUGAAAUAUUUUUUAAUAAAAAAAAUGGUAAUUCCUAACAAAAUUAAUAAGGUGGUCCGCGAUUUAAAAAUGUCCUUCAUCAGGGGUCCGCGUAAUAAAAAGUUUAAGAACCGCUGUUAUAGUGUAUACAAAUAUUUUUGUUUGGUUCUUAUUAUGGUUAUCUACUCAGGUUGGAACUCAAUAUUAUGAUCUCAAUAUAUUGAUAAUGUUGAAAUGGUGAACUAAGAUAUUGUGAAUUAAAAGCGCUCAAAAAUGUAUUUAAUCUAAAAUUAUGAAUAAAAGACUAGAUAUAUGAGACUAUUUUAUUUAUCUAUAAUUAUUAAUUAAACAAUUCACUAAUUUCCGUUUAUAUAUUUUAACUUAUAUUUAUUUAAGAAUGUUUAAUUGCACAAAAUGUUUGUGAAUAUAUAAAAAUAAGUGUAUUAUUUUGUUUAUAGUUAUACUUAAAUGACAUGUUAUUUUAUAUUUAUUUAUUUAUUCACAAUAAACUUAAAAUUUCAUUUUAUGAAAAAUGUAUUUUCUAGUUUGAAAUUGGACUAACUAAUAUUAUUAGAUCACAUUCUCAUACAUCAUUAAUAUUAUGUGAUGAGGCCUUGUGCUUCAACCUAAGUAGAUAACCAUGGACGAUACUAAAUAAUUUUGUUAAUAGCAAUUACUAAUAAUUUUUUUUCACUACAUUCUUAUUUUUAAAAUAUAAUUUUUUAAUUUUUCAGAGAGGUCUUAUAAUGUUGCCUGAUUUUCAAUAUGUACUUGCCCAUCCUGAUAUUUUAACAGAAUUACCUGCUAUUCGAGGACUAUUAAGAAGACGUUAUCCAACUCUUCAAAAUGGUGUGAUAAUAAAUUGUAAUUUAGAAAUAUUUAAUAAAAUUUAAUUUAAAUAAUGUAUUUGUAGGUUCAUUGACGUUAGAUUUAGUGGCUACGAUAAAACAUUACAUCAAAGGUAUUAGAUAUAAUAUGCAAGUAGACCCGUAUGAUGAAUCUUUAGGAUUAGUUGGGAUGAAAAUUGGUCAGGUGAGAUGUAAUUUUUUUUUUAAACAUUAUUUUAUGUAUUUGAAAAAAUUAUAUUAAUUUUAUCUUGGUAUAUUUUAUAUUAGCUGACCGAUGAACCAAAUCAAUUAGUUGAAAAUUUUGACACCCUCUUCAAAGAUAUUAUGACCAAAGCUCCAAAAAGAGCCAAUCCAUCUCCAUUCAUUACACGGUAACUAUUAUCAAGACAUUAAAUAAAAUCUUGUUUUCUAAAAAAAUAUUUUAAAUUUAAAUGUUUUAUUUAACUGUUAUUUAAAAUUGAAAUGAGUUUUUGUUUGUUUUUUUUUUUUAAUACUGUUAAAAUUAACUUAAAAAUACAUUGAAAUAUCUUUGGCAAUGAUACUGUUUACUUUUGUUUUUAAAAUUUAAAUUUUAAAAGAAAAUUUGAUAUAAAGCUCCAAAUAUGUUUUUUAUAAUUUGGCAAUCAUUCAUGACUAAUGAACAAAAUAAUAAUAUUUUUUAAUAUUCUUAUGGUCACCAAACUAUUUUAACUUUGAGUUAUUAAUUUCAUUAAAUAACAAAAUGUAUUAGUUCUUAUUCAAGUGGGUACUUGUUGUUUAAAAAUAUAAUUUUUGUUUUUUUAAUUUGUAAAAAAGCUAUUUUAUGAAUGAUAGCCUUUGAGAAUUUUAAAAUUUAAAUGAAUCAAAAAAAAAUUGUAUUCAAGAUUUUCCAUACUAUGGCCAUUUUUUAAAAAAAACCAAGAUACCUGAUUUUAUUUUUAUGUUGGGGUUCGUUUGACAACUGAGCGAAUAGGACCAAUUAUUUUUAUCAUUUAUAUAUAUAUAUGAUAAAUGGUCUGUUGAAUCUGGACAUAAAUAUGAAUACUAUUUACUAUGCUGAUGACAAAUCAAUAGAUUCACUUUUUUUUAGUUCAAACAUCAUUAUAAAGUUAAGAUUUGGUUUGAUAAUUAUCUAUUCGAAAUAAAUCUAGACAAAUCAAAAUAUAUUUACUUUAACAUAAAUCUUGAAAUAAUUGGUCCAAUGUAUAUAGUACUUAUUAUUUACAUCUAAUAAAAUUUUUAUUGCCUUGCAAUCUGUUAAUAAAUUUAAAUGGGAUCAUCAUAUAAAUGCUCUAACCAAUAUAUCACGUAUAUUCUUUAAUAAUAUCUUUAAUGAUGUUUAAAAUAUAAUUGCAUAUACCAAUUCUUCAAAAACAACUUAAAUUUAGUAAAUUUUUAUUAAAUAAACCUAAAUAUAUCAAUAAUGAGUAUGUGUACCAUGAGCUAAUAUCAAAGCUUUAUGUAAAUACAGACAUGAUACUAUAACAUCUGUCUACCAUGAAUAUUGUACAAGAUAUAAAAAAAGUAUCAAUAUAAAAAUCCUUAAAUUUUACAAACAUUUUGGUGCGAAAAAUUAUAUUCGUGUUGCCAUUAAUAAUUUUGACUUUCAUAAUUUAAAACUUUUUAAGCAGUAUUUAAAACUUGUAAACUUAAAUGAAAUUGAAAUUGUAUAAACUUAUCAUUAUUGGUAUAUUUAGUAUUUUAUGAACUCUUAUAAUAACUCUCCAUCACAAGCUUUUGGUUUACCCAAAGGUUGCAAAUAUUACUAAUUCUAUAUUAUAUUAUUUAUUUAUUAUAGUCUAUAUACUGUAAUAUAAUUUCUAUAUUCUUUGCAUUAAAAAGAAAAAUCAAUUUGUAUAUUAUUGUCCAAUGGCUUGAGACAAACUAUUUAUCAUCAAAAUUGUUUAAAAAAUUAUUAAAUAUGUUUAGUAAAAAACUGAUUUUCAUAAUUAUUAUUUUAAUAAAAUCAUUAAAAAAAACGUAAAUUUAGAAAAUUAUUUAUUCAAUUUAUUUCAGAUGCUUCAUUCAAACCCCAGCUUCCAGGGAGAAAUUUAGUAUCAACUUAUCUCAGUUUGUUACACAAGAAGAAGAAGAUGAAACAGAUUCAGAUGAUGAGGAUGAUGAGAAUGAAACUAAAACUAAACAAAGUGUUUAAUAUAAUUGUAGAAAAAAUAAAUUUUAGUUAUUUGUUAUAUUGUAAAAUAAACAAUUAUAGUAAUUAUUAUUAAAUUCUGAGAGA